CAGGGGGAGGAGGAGCGGGAAGGAGGGAGAAGGAAAGGGAAGAGAAGGAGGAGAAAGAACAGAAGACAAAAGAUUCAUAAAAGUAAAGCAGUUGUGGACGACAGCACAAGUUCUCGUAAAGCUUUACCUCUUACAAGUUGAAGGAAUGGGCAGCCUUCCAGUGGUCCUGCUCCUCUGCAGUUUCCACGCAUUCACAGCUGUAGCCCAAUCCCAGCAGACUGAGGUCACAGAGGCACCUGGAGAUACCUUACCAGCCAAUUGCAGAGAGGAAAUGUAUCCUUGCACCAGGAUGUACUCGGUCCACCGACCAAUUAAGAGAUGUAUUGGUGGUCUUUGUAUCUACAGCCUUCCUCGUGUCUAUGUGAUCAACAAUGAGAUCUGCAUGAGGACAGUGUGCCAACAAGAUGAGUAUCUGAAAGCUGAACUGUGCAGAGAGUUGUCUGGGUGGCCCAAACGCAUUGCGAGGUCUUCUAAUAAGAAACGCUGUCGCAAUCGCCGUAGCAACCCCAAAACUUGGGCAAACAAGGUCCAGGUCUAGGGUAGAGAUAUAUCCACCAAUGGGGCUGGAGCUUGAUGGAGCCCCUUAGAGACACAGCCUAGAGUCAUCGCCAUAAAAACAGCCCAUAACACCAUAAAUCCACUGCUCAACACCUGGGGGUCUUUCACUCUGUCACGUAACGCACCAGUGUGCUGAGUCAUGUUUAUCUAUAUUUAUGUGUUAGUCUUUUAACUGUGUGUGAAUAUUGAAGGUGAACUGAUUUCAUAUGUAUGUUGUUGGACACAGAUCAUGUCUUUCAUGGUUUACGAUCCAUUUAAGGUACUGUAGUAAUGUGUCUAUCGCAGCACUGAGUCACCUCUGCACAAUAAAAGACCUGCUCUAAUGUGGAUGGUGAGGUACUGAUUGACAGUCCAAUAUUAUGUGCACUAUUGUAUCCAAUAAAUUAGAAUUUAUUAUGCUCAUGA